CGGACAUUUGAAAUUGAUUUGAAUUUAAAAGGAAGUUUUAACAUUAAAAUUAUUAUUAUUGUUGUUGUUGUUUCGUAUUGAUAGUAUAAAUUUAUACUGUAUAAAAAUUCGUGUUGUAUAUUACCAUAUAAGCGUUGCUCUUUCAGUUACUCGUAUAAAAAUAUGCUGCUCAAACGAAGUGGAUGUCAACCUUCUGAUUUUUGAUUCUGUUAUUUAUUUAUUCUAAGACAGAAAUUUGUGGAGGUUAACCAAAAAAAAAAAAAGAACCUAAUUUUAGCAAAACCUCCAAGGUACAGAAAAAUGACUGGCACAUUCUUCUACUUUGCUUUUGGAAGUAAUCUCCUCAAAGAACGGCUUCUCAUCAAUAACAAAACAGCUGUCUUUAAAACAGUUGCUAAGUUGGAGAAUUAUCAUUUAAAAUUUGCAUAUAAAACUUCAACCUGGCAUGGGCAUGCUGCCACAAUUGCUGAAUCAAAGGACGAUGUUGUUUGGGGAGUGGUUUAUGAAAUGAACACUUCAAAUAUAGACUCAUUAGACAAACAAGAAGGAGUUGAUAAAAAUAUAUAUCGUCCAAUUAAAGUCACAGUUAAGAGUAUGAAUGAUGUGUUAUAUGAUUGCCGUACAUACCAGUUGCUGAAAAGAGACUUUGGAGAACCAUCCCCUCAGUAUAAGGAUAUUAUUGUGCGAGGAGCUUUAGCUAGUGGUAUACCAAAUGACUAUAUUAAAUUUCUAAAAUCAAUUCCAGAUAAUGGAAACAAAAACAAAGUGCCUAUUUAUGAUAAAAUUCUUUCUUUAUUAGAAGAUUCAAAAUAAUUCAACUAAUUUAUAUCUAUAUGUUUUAAACUUGGAUUUUUACAUGCUAGUUCAAAUAUUUAAAAUUCAUUGAACUUCAUUCAAAUUUUUAUAUUAGACUUCAAUCUUAUAUACAUAGUAUGCUUUCUAGCAUUGUGUUUUUAAGGAACUUUUCCCAGACAAAAUACCACAGAUUCUGGCAAUUAAACAACACACAUACAUUAAAUAUGCCAUAUUGAUAAUAUUUACAUUAUAGAACUGCUUCUAUUAUUCGAUUUGAAUUUAUUCUACUCAUGUGGUGUGAUCACAAAUCAGCAGCUAAUUUAUAUACUAUUCAUAUAUACUUCAGACUAGCUAUUUCAGUUUUGUUUCAAAAGUGACACAAGUAUACAAAUAUGCAUGAUCAAAUGAUUGAGAAGUUUGUUUUGCAACCAAGAAGUCUCAGUUUCAAUCUCACUGUAUGACCUCUGGGUCAAAUUUCAUUCUCUAUUGCCUUGAGUGAAAUUGGAUGGAUGGAAACUGAAAAGAAGCUUAUCAGAUGGAUUGUACUUGCAAUUCCAAAAGUCCAGCUGUGUCACAUUGAUUCUACUCAAGAAUUACAUUAAUGGUUACACAUAUUUGUGGAAUAUUCAGCCAAUAUACAUUAAUUCAGAAGUAAAUGAAAAUUCAGCUGAUCAAACAAUUGAACCAGAGAUCACCUAACUUAAGGUGUGCCUGGCUAUCUGGAGUCAUUUCAACUCUGGCCACUGAUAUGGGCAACUGUUUCUACAGGUCUUAGGUCUGUGACUUGGCUGUGAGAAAGUAUGGUCAGUUGGCAACUUAUAAUAGAGUUCAAGGAAUUGCAGGAGCAUUUCAAGCCAGUAGAGAUCAGACUACCAAACCGCUACCUUUGUAGCCAGCUUGAACAAUGACACCAUGUGGGGGUGACAGAAUAUCCGUCAAAUGUAAAUAAUGUAAAUAAGAGAAUGCUGACAGUUCAAAUCCAGAUGUUGAGGCCCCCUAAAGGCUCCAAAAAUUGAAAUAAUUUGAAUGUGUAGUAACACAAGCUGAAACAGACCAGUGAAACAAUUGGAGAGAAUGGGUCCAGACAGCCUGUGGUGGAAAAAAGGAACACAUCUUUGUGUGAUAGAAGAAUCACUCAAUAUUGGUCCAGAUCAAGAAUCAUCCACAGAUGGAGCAAGGGAUAUGAAUCCAAAGACUGUGGCUGACAAACAUCUUGCCAUUUCUGUAAUCAUCAACUCUUUCCAAUGCAUCGUAGAUGAUAAUAGAUAUUAGUUCAAAGAAAAUAGUUAAGUACAUGAUACAAACAUAAUAGAGAAAAUAUUGCUUAAUAAAAUCAAAUUCUUCAAUGUACUUAAAACAGAAAAUGGCUUUAGAGUAAAAUAAGAAAAGGGUUUUUACAAAACUUCAAUUCUGGCUCAUAGUACUAUAUUGUUUUGUUUCUUUUUAUCAGUUAUAUUUGGAAACAAAUCAUCUAUUAUAGACCUGAUUAUAUUUAAGAGAAAACCUUUUGAAAACAAACAAUUUAUUAUACAUCUAAUUAUGUUCAACACAAAACUACUGUUUAAAUGUUUCUGAAUGGUUUAAAAAAACACACUUCAAUUUCAGAAUAUUUAAUAAAUCUAUAUAUAUAUAUAUAUAUAUAUAUAUAUAUAUAUAUAUAUAUAUAGCAUCUGGCCCUUCCUGAAUGACUCAUAGGUUAAUGAUCAGCUGCACACAAAGAUGUACUUAGCAUCCUCAUAUGACAUGAAUAUGGUAUUUAUUUUAAGCUGGUCUGAUUUUGGUAUCUCGCUGAAUCUUACAUGAAAAUCAUGAGAGAGAGAGAGAGAGAGAGUGAGACACACACACACACACAUACAUACAUACACACACUACUCACAAAAGAGUUUCUCUAAACCCACCAACUAUUUGCAAAAAACUUCCAUCAUCAUCAUUUAAUGUCCACUUUUUCAUGCUUGCAUGGGUCAGACGGAAUUUGCUGAAGCAACAUUUCUAUGAUAGGCCCUUCCUGUUGCAAACCCUCACCUAUUUCCAAGCAAGCUAAUAUUUCCCCAUAACCAGACAUAUUUUUCACAGAGGACUGGAACCAAACAUCAUUUGUAUGAUGGUCAUGCUCAUUUAUAACCAUCGAGUGAUGUCAUGACAAAGGCACAGGCACACACACACACACACACAUAUACAUACAUACAACCAACCUUUGACCAAGACCUUUGGUGAUGUAUCAUGUUUGAGAAGAUCCAUGAAGCCAAGUGAAAUUGUAGUCAUGGCAGAUACUGUUGUCACAUAACUGGCAUGUAAAAAAGCACCCAUUACACUCUCGGAAUGGUUGGCAUUAGGAAGGGCAUCCAGCCAUUGAAAACAUGCCAAAUCAGAUUGGAACCUGGUGCAGCCUUCCAGCUUACCAGUUUCAGUCAAAUCAUCUAACCUAUGUCAACAUGGAAAGCAGAUGCUAAAUGAUGAUGAUGACAACAGGCUUCUUUCAGUUUCCAUCUACCAAAUUCACUUGCAAAGCUUUGGUUGUCUUGAGUCCAUAAUAGAAGACAUUUGCUCAAGGUGCUGCACAGUGGAACUGAACUCAAGACUACAUGGGUGGAAAGCAAGCUUUUCAACCACACAGCCACACCUAUACCUGUUCAAAAACAAUAGCACUUUCAAAGUUUAUAUACCAAUUUACUUACAAACAGCAAAUAUGUGAUCUACAGUUGUCAAGGCAAUAAAGUGGAAAUAUGUUAUGUUCAAAAUUUCAAUUCAAACUCAUUUUGUAUCAACAUUUAGAAAAAAAUGUACAGUUAAUGAUUUAUAUUAAAUAGCAAUUACUACUUUUGUACCUCGUGAAUAGUUUGUGUUGUCCAUAGAAAAUAUUUUAUCCCCCACCCAAAUACACUGUGUUUACUUGUCCUGUUUUUACGUAUUUCAUGUUGUUUGCAUAGUUGUUGAUGUCCUGUACCCAUAUAUGCAUAUAUAUAUAUAUAUAUAUCCUUAUAAAAAGUUGUAGUAACGCUGUGCGCAUGCGUAGUCUCACACAUGCAUGGAAUUCAACAACCAAGCGUUCCCGCUUCUAUUCUGUCUCUUUCUUGCUGGCCAGCGAUUGAGCAUGGACGUGUUUAGCUGUCUCUCUCCAUCUUUCGAACUUACGCUCGACAGCUCGCUUACAUCUACAUACCAACGUCCCAACAACAAUGCUCACACACACAGAAGCUGUAACAACAAACAAGAGUUAAAGAUGUAUAUAUUUACCACCUGAAUAAAUGUUGUUUAAGUUGAUA